CCGCCUCCGCUACUCACAGUUGCUUUCAAGCUUCACAUUUUUCUCUGGUCUGUUAGGUUUGGUGAGGAAUGAGACCUCCGAGAGGCCGUGGAGGUGGUGGAUUCAGGGGCGGCAGAGAUGGCGGACGCGGCAGAGAUGGUGGCCGUGGCGGUUUUAGGGGCGGUCGGUUCGGUGGAGGUGGCCGUGGUGGUUUUCGUGACGAAGGCCCUCCGUCCGAAGUUGUAGAAGUUUCGACAUUUCUUCAUGCUUGCGAGGGUGAUGCAGUGACGAAGCUCACCAAUGAGAAAAUACCCUACUUUAAUGCCCCUAUUUAUCUGCAUAACAAAACCCAGAUUGGCAAAGUUGAUGAAAUUUUUGGUCCCAUCAAUGAAUCUUUGUUUUCAGUUAAGAUGAUGGAAGGCAUAAUAGCAACAUCAUAUUCCUCGGGUGAUAAAUUCUACAUUGACCCGGCUAAACUUCUGCCGCUGGCAAGAUUUCUUCCACAGCCGAAGGGAUCAUCACAAGCUUUCUCUAGAGGUGGAGGAAGAGGAGGUGGCAGAGGCGGUGGACGUGGGGGUGGUGGCUUUCGCGGAAGGGGUGCUCCUAGGGGUAGAGGUGGCCCUCGAGGCGGAGGCGGUGGCCGUGGUGGUGGUUUUAGGGGCAGAGGGAGAUAUUAGAAUAUGACAUUUUGUGUCUUAUUUAGCACUCCUCUCUUUUGGAGUUGUCAUUUCCAGAUACAUUGUGUAAUUUUAAGGGUUCUGAUAUUGACUUUUGAUCGUUAAUGGCAUGAGUUUUUUUAAUCUGGCACGAUGAUAUUGAGUGUACUAAUUAUAAGUAUCUAAGGUGAAGAGGCAUGCAAGUAA